CUUCCCGUAGACCAGCGACAUAUUGUUUGUAAGUAGCAAAUUCUGGAAGAAGGAGUGUUAACAUUAUAGCUUUGCCAAUACCAGUCAACAACACGUUAAUCAGUAAAGAAAGUACGAUGGAGCCCUCAGCAAGUCCUGCAAAGGAUAAUUUCAGGAUGAACCGCUACAAGAACAAAGCACUCAAUCUGGAGGAGAUGCGUCGGAGACGAGAAGAGGAAGGCGUUCAGCUGAGGAAACAAAAGAGAGAGCAACAGCUGUUUAAGAGGAGAAAUGUGGAGCUACUCGGUGAAGAAGUUGGAAUGUUUGACAGUACUCUAAUGGACUCCAAUGUCACAUCCACCACAUCUCCAGAUGGAGUGAUCACAAGAGAUAUGGUUGAAAUGCUUUUCUCAGAAGAUCCUGAACUACAACUGGUCACAACACAGAGGUUCAGAAAACUGCUUUCCAAAGAACCUAACCCACCUAUUGACGAGGUGAUAAGCACACUAGGGGUUGUAAACAGAUUUGUCGAGUUCCUUCAAAAAAGUACCAAUUGCACAUUACAGUUUGAGGCUGCUUGGGCGCUGACCAACAUCGCAUCAGGAACAUCACAGCAGACAAAGUUUGUGAUUGAGGCUGGUGCUGUUCCUGUCUUCAUUGAGCUUCUGAACUCGGAGUUUGAAGAUGUACAGGAGCAGGCUGUUUGGGCUUUGGGGAACAUUGCGGGAGACAGUGCAGUGUGCAGAGAUUAUGUGCUAAACUGUAAUAUCCUUCCACCUCUGCUAAUGCUGCUGACCAAAUCAACACGUCUCACAAUGACCAGGAAUGCUGUGUGGGCCUUGUCCAACCUCUGCAGAGGCAAAAGUCCACCCCCAGACUUUGAAAAGGUGUCUCCAUGCCUACCUGUUCUGUCCCGUCUGUUGUUCAGCAGUGAUCCAGACCUGCUGGCUGAUGCCUGCUGGGCUCUGUCCUAUCUUUCCGAUGGACCCAACGAGAAGAUCCAGGCAGUUAUUGAUUCAGGGGUCUGCAGGAGGCUGGUGGAACUGCUCAUGCAUUCAGAUUACAAGGUAGCCUCUCCUGCUCUGAGAGCUGUUGGAAACAUUGUAACAGGAGAUGACAUUCAGACGCAGGUGGUGUUGAACUGCUCAGCUCUCCCCUGCCUCCUGCACCUGCUCAGUAGUGCCAAGGAGUCCAUCAGGAAGGAGGCCUGCUGGACCAUCUCCAACAUCACCGCAGGAAAUAGAGCCCAGAUUCAGGCAGUAAUAGAUUCAAACAUCUUCCCUGUCCUGAUAGAAAUCCUACAAAAAGCAGAAUUCCGCACCAGGAAAGAGGCAGCAUGGGCGAUCACUAAUGCCACAUCGGGUGGCACACCCGAGCAGAUCAGGUAUCUAGUGAAUUUGGCCUGCAUUAAGCCUCUGUGUGAUCUGUUGACGGUGAUGGACUCUAAGAUCGUGCUCGUGGCUCUAAACGGACUAGAGAACAUUCUCAGACUGGGUGAGCAGGAGGCCAAACAGAACGGCAGUGGCGUCAACCCUUACUGCAGUCUCAUAGAGGAGGCCUAUGGGUUGGACAAGAUUGAAUUCCUACAUAGUCAUGAAAAUCAGGAGAUCUACCAGAAAGCAUCUGACCUCAUUGAGCACUACUUUGGAGUAGAAGAGGAGGAUCCUAGUCUGGCCCCACAGGUGGAUGAGAACCAGCAGCAGUUCCUUUUCCCCCAACAGGAGGCCCCCAUGGAGGGUUUCCAGCUAUAAGCAGCCUUCAGACUCUUCCCGGCCACCCCCUGACCUUUACACCCUUCCCUGCACCCCGUACCGGUACUAUAACAUACGUCUGAAACACUGAGCACAACGGUUGACAUCUGGGCAAACCAAAUUGGCGACCUUGACACAGACUGAUUUAUUUAGGCACUGAGAGGUGUGUUUCAUGCAGAGGAAUGUUUCCACUGCCUUGUCACACCCAAUAGAGGUUCAUGAGCUGGAUUUUAUUUUUGUUUUUCUUUCACCUCUUGGUGAUGCAGCUAAAUAACCUUCCCCCUCAGGUAGAAAUCGUGGCACUGUGUGAUUUUUGGGGGGAAGUUUGCUUCAGUUUUUCCCCUUUCUCUGAAUGAUGAGAGAAUUGUUUACUCAUCCAAUUGAAAUUGGAAAAUCGUGAUCAUCUUUUUCCUUAUGAUCCUGGUUUGAUUUUCACCAUUUUCAUUGAAUUUUGCAUUGUAGAAUUUACUUCCUUUUGUUCAUAUUUCAUAUCCUGGUAAUUAAACAAGCCUGGUUGGGUUUGAAAUGCCCAUGCUUGAUAGACGAAACUCUACAGUGGUAUCUGCGGAUGUGUUUUUUUUUUUAUUUUUAUUCACUCUUCAUAGACUACCAAAAGUAAUUUAAUUUAUCUUAUUAUUGUUCUUCAUUGACUAUCAUUUCAGACUAUGCUGGGUGUGGAAACGACAAUUUAAGGAAAGUUUAUUUGAUGUGGUGGAGGGUGCUAUUGAAAUAAUCCAGGUAUUUUAGUAGAGGAGUAUCCUAAAAUGAGAAGUCAUUACCGUUAAGGGAUAGUUCAACAAAAAAUUUGAAUUCCGUCAUUUACUCAACCUUAUCAACAUUCUUCCUAAAACACAAAAGUAAAUGCAAGGCAGUGAGCAAGUCAGAUGGGUUUGGAUUGACGUUAGGGUGAAUAAAUGAUUACAGAAUUAAGGGGGAAACGACUGGUAAGGUGACUAAAGGGGGCCCAGAGAGCCUCUUUAGUAAGCAUAAUGCCCAGUUGACUUUGAAGUUGACUGAAGUCAAAGGUGAAUAUCUAGUUGUGGACUGUUCGUGGUAUGCAGUGUUAUGAAUAACUUAUCUUUUGAUCUGAAGGCUUUAAUUAUGAAAUGCGAUCUGGGUGAAUUAAGCACAUAUCUGAGGGCCAGUGUGACGCACAUGAUUUUUAGUGUGUUUUUACACACUGAGAGUCUUAAUUUAGUUUUUCUUUGUUAUAGUACUAUUGGGUGUUUCUGAUAGUGUGAAGGUGUUUGUUUUGUGCAGCCCUCAGAAUGUGCCUGUUCGAGGUUUGCAUGGCGUUCUAUUGGUAUACCAACUAUCGUUUUUGUAUCCCGUGCCAGAUCUUCAAAACUGCUCAUUCAGCGACUAACUUUUUUGCCAGUAGUCAUAUAAUAUAUAGUCAUGGGAGUAGUUCAAGGUUUUGUAGUUUUGCAGGUGCUGUUGGUAUGGCAAGGAGUACAUAUUUAAAUAAUACGAAAAUAUAUAUAUGAAUAUAAUGUUAUAUUUGCACACACUUUGCACACAUCCAUACACUUCAUAAUCAUGUACACAUACAGAUUUGAGCAUAAAACCAAGGGGAAAAUUACUUUCACACAUCUCUGUAUCUUUUCUUUAAAUGUUUUCAUUUUUAUGUUGUUCUACAUUUUGGCACUUUGAGUUGAUGCACUAAAAGCCUAAUUUAAAAAGAUAACCUGCUGAGAAAUAGACAUUUUCCAAACAAACACACCUUGGUUAAUUUCCCAUAGGAAAGGCUUGAUGUAGGACUGAAAAGUGGCUAAGGAAUUUAAACAGAGAUCAUGAAAAAGUUUGGAUAUUAAACUCUACCCCCAAGCUCUUUCACAAUUGACAGUGGUUUAUGUCUCUAAGGAAAAUAAAAACUGUUAGUUGUACAUGCCAUUAUGGAAGUAUUUUUCAUCUACAUCCAUAAUACACUGAUUAAAGAAUGCUUUUCUGAGUGAAUGUGAGGGGUUAUUUAAUUCUGGAUGGGGCCUGGAUCUAUGAAAACAUAGUAAGACAUUAACUGACGGAUGAUGUGUGAGGAGAAGGAAAGAGAUGUAGUUCUUUGCUCAUGUUAGCAGCUAGCAUCUGAUAUUUAGGGUGUGACUUUCUGGCUUUGGUGCAGUUUUUUUGUUCAUAUUUUGGUUGACUAAUAUGAAGUCUGACUAACAUGAUUGUUCUUUGAUAAGAUGUCAAUCUAGGGUGAUUCAUGCUCAGACAGGAGCUAUCCAUACUAAUUUCAGUUCAAGAACCUUUUUUGAAAUUGACAUUUGAUUAUAACAUUUUUGUAAUAUCUGAUGUAAUUCCAUACAGGUUUUGUUUAUUAUUGUUUAAAAUCCUGUUUUCUCUAAGAUACUAGAUGACAUUUGUUGCAUUUACAGGAAAUUCAUCUCAGCACAAGGAUGCUACAGUCCAGUUUUCCAUACAGAUCAGAGAUAUGGGGAAAAUAAGACUACAGGCAAAAAACUGCUUAUAAAAUAUAUCUAAGGGUCUAGAAGACCAUGGGAUGGGUUCAUAUCAAGUUGAUAGAAAAAAUAACUCUUAAUGGAAAUGCACUCCUAUUCACAAAAGUGCCAAUCAGACCAACAAAGAUAAGAGGCUGAUGCGUAUCAAUCUGUCUUUGAUGUUUGUUUUCCUUUUUUUAUUUACUUGAAUGUGCACAUAUUUUGUGCAAAUAUUGCUGCUCUAUUUUCUUAUCUUAUAAAUUAGAGGUUACUUUGUCUGCCGCAGUUUCAUUAGAGAUGUGAUGGUCUGCUAUUUGUACACCAAAUUGGUAAACUCGAGAUAAAGGUAUAAAGAUAAAAAUGCAUAAUGUAUUGUGAUAGACUAAUCCAUACUUUUAAACCAAGGCCAAUGCAAUGUUGAAAUACUGUCUCAGUGUGUGUACUGUUUGCUUCGCUUGUGUUCCCUUUUUGAAACCAUUUUAUUGGCACAGAGGGACCGAGAAAGAUAAUAAUGAUUGAAGGAGAAACUCUUUACAUUUGUCUUCCUUCCCCUUGUUGAAAUCUUUCUGUGUUCCAGGUCAAAUGUCCUUCUAUGUCUAAUCGUAGCACAAUUACAGCAGUUAGACAAAUAACCUUUAUAAGUUCAGGCCUUUAUGGCAGAAUUGUUUUCUUAUUUAAGGACUUUAAGGUGCCAAUUAUUGUUAUUAUUAUUUCAAUUCUGGAUGUUGUACAAUCAAUGUAUCUCUGUUAAUGACAUUUAAACAAGAAAUGCAAUGAAUACAUUGUUACAUUGGCACAAUGCAGUCCUACCACUUUUCCUUACUCAUUAAAAAAAUACUUCUGAGAAGUGCAGAAAACAAUAAAACUAGGCCACAAAUUAUUAAAAUUGGGUCUUUAUGGUCUUCCGUCCUAGAUCUUGUAGAUGUUGAAAAUUAAAUCUUGAGAAUUUUUGUCUCAACCACAACCUGAAGCAAAUGCAUAAGACUUGGCUGUGUCUAGUAUUGCUGACCCACCCAUGUUUACAAAGCUACAUGUUCAAGUAUUUUUCUUACAUAAAAUUGAGACUUGACCAGGUGAAUAUUGUAUCCUGGUUCGGUAAUUUCUUUUAAAUGUAUUUAUAUUUAAAUCUUUUCCCCACAUCCUCUGCCUACAAAUGCCCAUCUUAUACUGUGACUGACUUGACUUUACCGACGAUAUGAAUGAGUGACAGACACACAAACAGAACAUGUCACACAAACAUAUACAUGAGCAAUUCUGAACAAAUGUCUAAAUUGUUUUGUCCAGAUACAAAUAAAAUUAUUUA